AUGGACGGCAGACCCGUGCUCCGUCAGGUCUCGACUUCGAGCCAUACGCCCAUGAGCUCCGACGGAUCGGAGCCUACGGCGGUGCUCGGCGCCCCGAUGUCGCGCAACGAGCUUGAACGCAGUCGUACACAGCUAAACCAGAGUGGAAUGAUGUCGCCAGGUACGGCAUUUGAAAACCUCGACACCAUCAAAGGACCGGCACCGCACACGUUCAGUAACAACAAUAUCCCGGUGAAGCCCAAGGUGGCGCUCUUCGACGGCGACUCGCAGCUGUCAACCGAGGGAUUCCGCCAACGCGCAGCACUGCAGACGUGCUCCAUCAGUUGGCAGCACAUUUCGUAUUUCAUUCAACCGAAGGAAAAGGCACUCGGACGCCUCCGUAACAACAGCAAGCGCGGUUCGGGUCCGUCCGGGCUAGAGGCGCAGUUCGAGCGUCAGCAACCACGCAAGAUCCUCAACAAUAUAUGGGGGCGAUCAGGGCCGGGCGAGUUGACGGCCAUUUUGGGUCCGUCCGGUGCCGGUAAGACCACACUUCUUGAUAUGCUCGCGGACCGAGUGCCGUCGGGAGGCUCGGGUGUGCACCUGGAAGGACUUGUAGAGGUUAACGGUCAACCACGCGACCUCCGCACUUUCCAUUCUAUUAUGAACUACGUGUCUGAAGACAUGGCGUUCUUGGGAGCUUUCACGGUGCUCGAAACGUUGCAGAUCGGAGCUGGUCUGAGUCUACCCGGUCACAUGCCCCCCGUGCAGCGUGAGGCCCGUGUUCAAGAGUUAUCGAUGCCAUGGGCUUGCGGUCAGUUCGACGCUCGUGUAGGGAGUUUCCACAAAGCUCUCUCGGCCAGUGGUGGUGAGUUAGUGUACAGCGGUCCUACAAACGCUGCUAUCGCCCACUUCUUCUCCAUGGGUUACGUAUGCCCCAUGUACACCAACCCGGCGGAAUACUUCGUUCACCUGGUCAACACAAACUUCCACGACGGCUUGAAACUCGAGCCCUUUAUCCGUGCACUCAAGGAAGGUGCCGAGCCGCAGCGUCUUCGUGCCGAUGUUGUCAGAGAUCGUUCCCGUCGCGAUCAUCUGGCCAAUCCGGAACUCUUGAAGGCUAUGCGACCGUGGCCGAUGGACCAGUUCUUCGUGCUGGUGAAGCGUAAUAUGACGAACAACUGGCGGCACCCGGGUGUCUUCUGGCUGCGUGUGCUCAUGUACGUGCUGCUGUCGCUCAUGGUGGGUACAAUGUACCUGAGCUCCAAUGACGGCAUCAAGGCCAUCUCGAUGGUGUCGCUGCUCUUCUACGUGCAAGCUUUCCUCGUCUUCAUGUCCGUCGCCGCUCUGCCAGCUUUGCUGGAGCACCGUGCAGUCAUGGAGCGGGAGAUGCGAGCGUACGCGCUGUCCUUGACCGGCUACACGAUGUCUAACCUGCUGGCUGCGUUGCCGGGUAUCCUGCUCAUCUCCGUGUUGGCGUCGACGAUCGUGGUCUUCCUGGCUCACGUGCGCUCUUUCCCGACGUUCUUACUCAAUCUGACGCUGUCGCUCAUCGCCUCCGAGUCGCUCAUGCACUUGCUCGGAGCUGCCGUGCCUCACUACAUUAUGGGCAUUGCCUUGGGCGCCGGUCUCUUCGGUAUGUUUAUGCUCUGCGAAGGCUUCAUGGUGCCAUUCGAAGACAUGCCCGUGUAUUGGAGAUGGGGCUACUACAUCGCCUUCCACACGUACUCGUUCGAGUCCUUCAUGUACGAGCACUUCUCCAAAGUCAACACGAAGGAGGCGUGGGAGAUACUCCGAGGUUACGGCAUGGAAAAGGUCAACGUCUGGCAGGACAUGAUCAUCCUGGCCUGCUACUCGGUCGUACUGCAGCUGCUCGUCAUCGGAGCGCUAUUUCUUCGUUUCAACCGGCACCGUCGCCGCUAA